GCACCGCCGCGGACACGUGCAGUAUAUACACAGGAAAAGCAAAAGGGUGCAGAGCUGCUGUUUAAAUCUCUGUGUACGCCGGACAAUGACAUGUCGAGCAGUGUGCAUUCAUGCCACGGAUGCUCAGGGCGGUGAGGGACACGGACACUGCAGCGCCUUUUAUGGGGCUUGGAUUAUAUCAACACACAUCGCUGUUGUGGUGGUGCGGUAGGGAGCCGGAGAAGUUCACAUGUUUACGCAGGGAACCACGCCUCACCUUCCUGCCGUGUCCAUCCGUACAUUGUAGUAGGGAGGUGUCUCAUGUUACCUUGAGUUUGUUUCAGGUGGCCUUUAGCGCCUAGAGCAACACGUCUCCAAAGAGGCGAGAAGACCAGCUACAAAGUGAAGAUAAUGUUUUUUGCUCUCACCAAGAGCUGUUUUUCUCACUCUCCCUCACAAUCUCUCAUCCCAUCUGUUGGAGCACUUGUGCCAAGGCUGUUUCAUAAGCAGAAAAUCAUCUCUUGUCUGCACUACUUUGAGUGACACUUUUUCCUCAAGAUAAUUAAAGAUAAUUUGCUGUCUUUUUGGAAAGGCAGCCUUUGUCUUUUUGGUCAUUUGGAAGAUUUUGCUGCUAUUUACACAUUUCAGAAACAUUCAAGGAAGGGCUCACAGCCCCAAACACUUUCAGGCUUUUGUUAGAAGAUACCAUGAAUUUCUCUCCUUAGUUCUUUUAACUAGCAGCCAACAACAAUGAUUCACCCAUGGAUACAUAGUAGUCCCACUUAAAUUUAAGUUGUUCCUGUUUUUCUCCUCGGCUGACACCUUAAUCAAGCUGUAACAGCCUCAUCCUACUCUAGUAUGAGUUAUGACAACUCUAAAUCAUUGCCCAGCAGCAGCACUCGGGGGCGAGCAGCAAGGGCCGACGAGAAAGACAAUGACCAGGAAGCAGAGUCAGAAGGUUUGAACUCUCCGAAAACCAGCAGUGGUCAGCCCAGUGCCAAUGUCACCACUCAGGAGCAGGGGGACGGAGCCGGAGGAGGCUCAUCUCCCAGCGGUGGGUCAGGGUCGGGAGGUUUGUCCGGAGACCAAAGGGGGCCCAACUCAGACGAUAUGGACGGUCUCUCCAGUGGAAACGACUCCAGCGGGAUGGAGAGGGAGAACGGGUCACGUGGGCGCCAGUCCAUACGCAGCUCCCACAGCUCGUCGAAUGGCAAAGACUCUGGCAUGAUGCUGGAAACCACGGAGAGCAACAAGAGCUCCAACUCACAGAGCCUCUCACCUCCCAGCGGCUCCCUGGCCUACAGCCUUCUGUUGACCAGCUCGGAGCAUGACCCCCCCUCCACCUCUGGUUGCAGCAGCGACCAAUCAGCGAGGGUCCAGACCCAAAAAGAGCUAAUGAAGGCCAUCAAGGAGCUGAAGCUCCGCCUGCCAGCUGAGCGCAAGACCAAGGGUCACUCCAGCACUCUAAACGCACUCAAAUACGCACUUCAGUGUGUCAGACAAGUCCGAGCCAACAAGGAGUACUACCACCAAUGGAGCGUGGAGGAGUGUCACGGCUGCAGUCUGGACUUGUCUACCUUCACAAUUGAGGAGCUUGACAAUAUCACCUCAGAAUACACCCUCAAAAACACUGACACAUUCUCCAUGGCCGUGUCAUUCUUGUCAGGGAAGGUUGUGUACGUAUCACCCCAGGGUUCCUCUGUGCUGCGUUGUAAGCCUGAGUGUCUCCAGGGGACUAUGUUCUCUGAGCUUUUGGCCCCGCAGGAUGUCAGCACUUUCUACAGCGGCACGGCACCCUGCCGCCUGCCUCCCUGGGCCUCCUGCAUCGGAUCUGCCUCUCCUCCAGUCGACUGCACUCAGGAGAAGUCCAUGUUCUGUCGGAUUAGCGCUGAUCGCACGCAGGGCGGCGAGAUGCGCUACUACCCAUUUCGCCUCACGCCAUACCAGCUCACUCUUAAAGACUCAGAUGCUGCUGAGCCUCAGCCCUGCUGCCUACUGAUCGCGGAGAGAGUCCACUCUGGAUAUGAGGCUCCUCGUAUCCCUCCAGACAAGAGGAUCUUCACCACCAGUCACACUCCCAGCUGCCUCUUCCAGGAGGUUGACGAAAGGGCAGUGCCAUUGUUGGGCUACCUGCCUCAGGACUUGGUGGGAACCCCCAUCCUGCUCUGCAUCCACCCCGAGGACAGGCCCAUGAUGGUGGCCAUACAUGAGAAGAUCUUUCAGUUUGCAGGGCAACCAUUUGACUAUUCACCCCUGAGGAUGUGUGCCCGCAGCGGGGAGUAUCUGACCAUCGACACCAGCUGGUCUUCCUUUGUCAACCCCUGGAGCCGGAAGGUGGCGUUCAUCGUUGGGCGCCACAAAGUCAGAACGAGCCCUCUCAAUGAAGACGUGUUCACUACACCGCAGGGCUGCGAGAGCCGGGUCACCACGCCUGAUAUCGUCCAGCUGAGCGAGCAGAUCCACCGGCUCCUGGUGCAGCCGGUGCACAGUGGCGGCUCCCAGGGCUACAGCUCGCUUGGGUCCAGUGGCUCGCGAGGUUCGCACCGUUCACACCAACAGCACCUCAGUGCCUCAGCCGCUUCAUCCAGCGACAGCAAUGGCCCCGCCAUGGAUGAGGCUGCAGCUGCCGUUGCUUUACACAAACCUAUGACGUUCCAGCAGAUCUGCAAAGACGUUCACAUGGUCAAGACUAAUGGACAGCAGGUUUUCAUCGAGUCCCGUAACCGGCCACCGCCCAGAAAAAACACCAGCGCAGGCACAACAAGCAUCAGACCCAUCAACAGCGACCCAAUCAGAGGUUUGAUAGCAGACAUGACAAAACCACCCAAAGCUUUGGUCCCUGCACCACUUGUACAGACGGAGCCCCCAACCGCCUACUCCUACCAGCAGAUCAACUGUCUGGACAGCAUCAUAAGGUACUUGGAGAGCUGCAACAUUCCCAACACAGUUAAAAGGAAGUGUGGCUCCUCCUCCUGCACUGCCUCCUCCACGUCUGAUGACGACAAACAGCAGGAGGCCAGUGGCAACAACAAAGGUGGUUCAGUUAGCCUUGUAGGUGAGCCACCUCCUCUGCCCCCUCUGACCAUGGCCACAAAGGCAGAGAGUGUAGCCUCAGUCACGUCGCAGUGUAGCUUCAGCAGCACCAUUGUGCAUGUGGGAGACAAGAAACCUCCUGAGUCAGACAUCAUCAUGGAGGAGGCUCCUACAACUCCUACACUGGCUCCUCCUCCUACAACUACUACUACUACACCAGCUCCUCCCACCAGGGGCCCGACAUCUACGGCUAACACAGCCAUCGCCCCUCCACCCCCUCCACCCCCUCCUCCUCCUCAAGCCACUCAGCCAGAGAGGGACAGCUGGAGAGGUGGAAAUGUUGGAGGAGGCACAGGAGGCCGUCUGGGUCUGACAAAGGAGGUGCUAUCCGCCCACACCCAGCAGGAGGAGCAGGCGUUCCUUGACCGCUUCAAGGACCUCAGCAAGCUGCGUGUGUUUGAUCAGACCGCGUCUUCAGCUAUGCAAUGCCACGCCCCAGCUGCCAACCCUCUGUCACGAGGAGUGCGCUGUUCCCGUGACUACCCGGCUGCAGGAGGCAGCACCGGUCACAGACGUGGUCGUGGAGGAAAGAGACUCAAGCACCAAGAGUCAUCUGACCAGCAUAGCUCUCUGGGCCUGAGCGGGAGCCGCCGAGACCCCAGAACCACCACGGCCCCUGUGGCACCCAACAUACCUCUUGGACCCCCAACAAACUCCUCCUCCUGGCCCUCUGUAGGCUCCCAGGCCAGCAUUCCCUCCGCCCCUUUCGCUCCUGGUAUGUUUCCAAUCUACCCUGUUUACCCACCACUCACACAGCCCUUACCCAUCCCAGACCCAUCACGUUUCCCCCCCACCCAGAUGGUUCCUCCCAUGAUGGCCCUCGUUCUGCCCAACUACAUGUUCCCCCAGAUGGGAGCAUCCAUCUCUCAGCCAGGUGCCACCCCCGGACACUUCUACAAUCCUAACUUCACAUACCCCGGCACUCCCCCAGUCACUGCCCCCACCGUUGUCUCCAACCCCGUGCCCAUCCCCGGCACUGGCGUCCCGUCUCGUAGCAGCACCCCGCAGUCCUACAGUCAGACUCCUGCUGACCGCGAAGGUGCAGAGUCCCCCCUCUUCCAGUCCCGAUGCUCCUCCCCCCUCAACUUGUUGCAGCUGGAGGAAUCACCAAGCAACCGGUUAGAGGUUGCCACGGCCCUGGCGGCAUCACAGCAAGCCACGCCUUCUGCUCAAGGCGGCGCAGCCGGGGGGCAGAGCUCAGCCAAUCAGGGGAGCUCUGACGAUACCUCCAAGGAGAAUGAGAAUGGUGAAGCUAAUGAGUCCAACCACGAUGCGAUGUCCACCUCCAGCGACCUGCUGGACCUGUUGCUGCAGGAGGACUCCCGCUCAGGCACCGGCUCCGCUGCUUCUGGUUCAGGGUUCUCGGGGACAAGGUCCUCAGGUUCAGGCUCUGGGUCCAACGGCUGCAGUUCCUCUGGCACCAGCGGCACCAGCAGCAGUCAGGGAAGCCACACCAGCAAGUACUUUGGCAGCAUCGACUCAUCGGAGAACGACCACUCCCGCAAACAGCCAGCAGGUGGCAGCAGCAGUGCUGGGGGAGACGGUGGUGAGGAGCAGUUUAUCAAGUGUGUCCUCCAGGACCCCAUCUGGCUACUGAUGGCCAACACAGACGACAAGGUCAUGAUGACCUAUCAGCUGCCUGUGAGGGACAUGGAGACAGUGCUGCGAGAGGACCGAGAGGCCUUGAGGAGCAUGCAGAAACAUCAGCCGCGCUUCACAGAGGAGCAGAAGAGGGAGCUGAGCCAGGUUCACCCCUGGAUCCGCACGGGACGCCUGCCGAGAGCCAUCAACAUCUCUGGCUGUACUGGCUGCAAGUCUCCCCCCUCCGUGCCUCCGGCCGCUCCUUUCGAUGUGGAGAUCCACGAGAUGGAGCUGUGCAGUGUGCUGAAGGCUCGGGAGGAGGGCACCAGGAGGGGCAAGAAAAAUCUCUCAGAAACAGCCAUGGAUGAAGCUCAGCCAGAGGAUGAAGAGGAAGAGGUAGAAGAGAAAGGAACCAAAACACAAGGCAGCAGCCAAGACAUGACAGCAGAGGAGCAGAGAGCGACCUCAGAAGCUGUGGCGGAAAAGGCGGAGGCUCAGCCGCCCGAGUCUGACAUGACUCACUAAGAAGGUGGCCAAAGAUAAAGAACACUAUCAUGAACGUUCUAUGCUGACAUGCAGAAAAUGUGCACCUUCCAGGACUUUGUGCCCCUAACAUCAUUACACAGGAUGUGAGGUGUUAGAAGCGGCUCUGCUGGGACGUAAUGGCGCAUUACUGAUCCACACAACUGCCGUUUACUGUUUGAUAGGUCAGGCCUGACUUUGAUGACAGCACACUAGGCACGUUGUAUGGCUGCAUAUUAAAUGCCUUGGAAACCACAGGACAUGCUUACACACACACACACACACACACUCAGUUUUAGAGAGUGAAUUAGAACUUUUUUUCUCUCAGCUGUUCUUGUAGUUCUUAGUAUAUUUAUUUAAAUUGUAAAGUAAUCAGAGAGGACUAAGGUGAAUGUGUUACAAAAGAAAAAAAAAAAGAGAGACGCCUUUACAUAAAGAUGGAUGUGCUUCACCACAGUGUCCUCCUUGAUGUUUUCAUCUCUCCUGAUCAGGGUUCAGCUCACGAGGAAAGAACGAAGUUUACCUGUGACUUUUCUUCUUGUGGAGUGUUUCCCAGGUUGUCUGGGAUCCUGCUCCGACUUAGAUCCUGAGUUUAGUUUUUUGUUGGUUUUUUUUUUUUUUUUUUUUUUUUUUUUGGAAAUGUAAAAAUUUUUUGCCCCAAAUAAAAAAAAAAAAAAAAAAAAAAAAGCAACUUUCACCCAAUAGAGAAAAUGUACAGUGAGAAGAAGGUUAUUUUAUAAACGUUGUGUAUAUUUUUAUACUUUCAUUCACUACACAUAGAGAGAUGAUAAUUGUCUGUACCGUUAAAAGUGUAUGUGAAAAUCAAGUUUUCUUUUAUGAAUUUAGAAACAGCGAAGGAAAAAAAAAACAAUCAGAUCACAGUCCCUGAAACAGAGAUUGUGUUUCCUGUGACACUGCAGUCUAAGUGCAAUGUACAGUUAAAUCGCGGGGCAGCGGGGCAAUCGCCGGGAGACUAACCUGGACUUUAAAGGUUUCUCCUCGGCUGGGCAUUAGUUUGUGCAUUUGCGUGUGGUCGCUCCACAGUGAGAAGUGAACGAUGCCUCUCUGAGAAAUGAUUCUCUCACAAACAGACAGUAUUCCCCACACUGCCGCACUAAGGAGCUGUUAAGCCUUCAGCAGGGGGAGAGCUUUUGUGUUGCCAGUGCUUGCUCAUGGUGGUAAGUGAAUUUUGAAAGAGGUGGAUGUUGACUCUUUAAAAAGUCUGGACAGUGUUUACUAUCUUCUAUUUUGCUCUCUGUCCUUUUCCCUCUCUCUUCCUCUCUGUGGCACUGUUCUGGUCAUGUGAUAUCCUAUGCUUUAUGGCGUCAGUGGUGUCUGCAACAGUUUCUUAAUAUUUUUGUGACAUUCUUUGUACAAAAAAAAAGACAAUAAAAUUGUUUGAAAGGUC